AUGGAUACAACGAGCUUUGUUAGUCAUCGUCAUAGAGCUUGGAUAUUGACAUUAUGUUUUGAUGUUCGUAAAGCCAUGGUUCAGAAAAUAAGGCACAAUUAUGAUAGUCAAGGUGAUAAUGAAACAAAUUACCAAGACUUUCAUGAAAUUGAACUCGAUUAUGAUGCUAAUGCAGAAGAACUUAUAGAAACGAUUGAUGAAUUUGAUUUUGUAUGGUUGUGGGGAAAUGGUUAUUAUAUUGGUGAAAUUGAAGAUGAUGAAUCGGUAUUAAAACCGACGAAUAUUCUUAACUGUUCACAUGGUGGUGUUAUUGAUAAAACAGGUAAUAUAUCAACUGUUGGUUGUAGUAAUAAAGAUGUAAAGACAUUUCUUCUUUCACCACAUUAUUAUUAUCAAGAAAAAGCAGCAAAUGCAGCAAUUGAAUCAACAUAUUUAUUUCUGAAGAAACUAUUGGGAUUUAAUAGAAAGAAAAUAUGA